GCCAACAGUUGUCCAAUUUUCAACUCAUGUCACUGGGGUGUUUUUAUACUGUUUUUUUUAGAAAAGGAAAGCAAAAUUUAAAAAACAUUCAAUAGAGCGUGAAAAUUAGACAAACCUUAUAUCCUUCACUAUUUAUGAAAAAGUUUUAUGUUUCAAUAUAAUUUUAUUUAUAGACAUUAGCAAAGAACAAUAAGGAUGUGUAUAAAUUAUAGUUGAUUAUUACUUAGAAUGGAUGCUGAAGGGAAUUUCGUUGUUAUUAGGUUAAGUUUACUUCGAAUAUUGAACCUAUAGAUGAAUGGGCAUGACUGACCGCUCCCGUUCACUAACCUAGGUUAAGGAAUUACUUAAUAGUUUUGAAUUCUUUUUAAUGUGAUAAAAAGAAAUUCCAACACUUAUAAGACUGUCUGCAAAACAAAAGCACAUUAUGUUAAAUUUAAUAUCUAGAAGAGACCAAAUAAAUUCUAAUUAAGGAAGAAAUAUAAAGUUUUUUUAAAAAAGUGUGUAUAUAUCGAAUACAUACUUGAUUAUAAGAAUGUAAUAUAAAGUAAUAGUAAAUCGUAUUAAGAAAAAUUCUACGCUCAUCUUCUAUUACAAAAAUGAGUACUUGGACUAAAAGAAUACAUCGUCGCGCGGCUACAUUUGGAAAUGUUGUUGCAAGUUGUGGUCAUCCUUCCUCUGUAUCUCCUUAUUCCAGACGACUUGAAAAAGUAAAAUUUGGUGUACCUCUGAACGAAGUAUGUAAGAACGACAUUCCAGGACCUUUAUUGGUUUUAAUUUUAAAAUUAAAUAAAGAAGCACCUUUAAGGAAAGAUAUAUUUCGUGCUCCAGGACAUCAAGGAAAUAUGAAGAAGCUCAUAUAUUUUUUACAGAGUGGUCGACUUAUCAAUAUGGAUAAUUUUAGUGUUUAUACAAUUGCUAGUGCUCUAAAAAAGUUUUUACGCAAAAUUCCUGGAGGUGUGUUUGGAAGAGAUGGAGAAAUGCAACUUUUUACUGUAAUUCAACUAGAAAGUAUUGAACAACAAAGGGACCAAAUUCACAAAACGCCUUGAAAAUUAGGAGUACUCGCAUUUGCCUGGAUCACCC